UGUAUACACAUAUAUAUAAUUUUGUUAUUUAAAAAAAUUUAAUUAUUUUUAUUAAUUAAAUUACUUUUUAUAUAUUACGUUCAAAAAUAUAAUUAAUUAGAAAAAAAUUUAGAUUUGUACUUAAUUAGCAACAGUUUUCAUAAAGCAAAAUAUUUCAUGAAAAGUAAUUACUGCUCUUUUUCUUAUUCCUGAAAUAUUUUUAUUACACACAUGACAGCAAUAAUUAAAUUACUCGUGAAAAACGUGUUUUGUAAAUUUCAGGUCAGCAUCCGCAUUUUUGUCUUUUUCUCUUUCUUUUCUGUAUAUUUGCCAAUAAAUAAGAAGAGAAAGAUGAUCAUCAGCCAGUUAGGAAUAACGGGUACGUCGACCGCGUUCUAUGAGGAAGGCGAGAACCGUGGCUAAAAGUUGCGUGGGUUUAUGAAAGAAAUCGAAGGAGCAAGAGCCGCAAACGAUCUCAUUUCUCUAAAAAAUCUCAGCCGUGUCGAAAGCAAAUGCGCACGGAAGCUACGAUCUCAUCCGUUUCUGAUAGAAAUAUGUCGCUCCUGAUAAUUUGGCUCGGUACUAGCGUUCUUUUACAUUGCUGCGUAUUCGCUGUAUCAGAUGAACACAGAAAAUUGAUGGGCGAUCAUACAUUAGAUGCAACAAAUAUAAUGAACGAGCCAUUAACUCCUUUGCCAAAAGAUGAAAUACGACAAUUUCAAGGAAAUUAUCCUAUUCCUCCAUUGAGACCUGGAUACAGACCGCAAAAAUGUCCUCUGUGCGACAGUUCAAUUUAUCCUUAUUGCGGCGAAAAACUAUUACAUGACGCUUGCUGUUGCACCGAUUCUAACGAUCUACCUUAUCAAUGUAAAUUAGCGGACUGCCGAUUUCUACACGCCAAUAGUUGUAGGGAGCACCGAUUGAUCGCCAACUGUUGCUGCAGCGAUGAUUAUCGAACUAUCCUGAAGAGUCUCGCACAAAAAUAAU